AAAGCAAACAGAUCAGGAAAGAAAAGAAGCCGUCAGACUCAUAGCUUUUCUUGUAGGGGAUGGACGUUGGGUUGGUUGCUGGGUAUGGGAAACGUAUCUAUACCAUUAGCAGGUCGAUACAUUUGGAUCUCUAUAGAGCAUUGCAUCACACAAGUUAUUCGAAGAGUGAGUCGGUAGGCAUAGAUAGCAAACUCGCAAACCAACCUGAUAUGUAAUUAUAUAUAGAAGUAGACUCCAUCCAUCAGCUAGCAGCAGACGGGAAUAAUAAGAAGAGGGAUGGCAGAUGUUAUUGUAUUCGUAGACGUUGAGACGACAGUUCCUUCACGAUCCGGUCAGGGUUUCUCGCUGCUUGAAUUCGGUGCCAUUUUGGUCUGCCCUCGCAAGCUUGUCGAGCUCGACUCAUUUUCCACGCUCAUAAGGCCUGCCAACCUAUCCUCCGUCUCCGCCACCUCUGUCCGCUGCAACGGCAUCACCAGAGACGCCGUUGCUGCUGCUCCAACCUUCUGCGAGGUCGCCGAUAAGGUCUACGAUAUCCUCCAUGGACGAGUUUGGGCAGGGCAUAACAUCGUCAGGUUCGAUUGCCUCCGAAUCCGUGAGGCCUUUGCGGAGAUAGGGCGCCCAGCACCCGAGCCAAAGGGGACUAUCGACUCCUUGCCACUGUUGACACAGAGAUUUGGCAGGCGAGCUGGAAACAUGAAGAUGGCUACACUGGCAACUUAUUUUGGCCUUGGAGAACAGAAGCACCGGAGCUUGGAUGAUGUGAGAAUGAAUCUAGAAGUUCUGAAGUACUGUGCAACAGUGUUGUUUUUGGAGUCGAGCCUCCCAGACAUACUCACUAUGAACGGUGGGUUCUCUCCAAAUGCUGCUACGAGAAGUUGUGGUAAUAGAAACACUUUGCCAGAAGGAUCAUGCUCAAAUCAGAACAGUCCAUCUGAUUUGGGGUUGGGGAAUUGUCUAAGGGUGUCAUCUCCAAUAAGCAACUCGUUGGGGGAUGUUCUCUGUCUCAACAAAUCUGAUGCACCAGCUUCAAAAGCUGAUCCUUUUGCCUUGAUGCCUCUCAUUGACUUGAUGAAGAUCGAUCCUUCGCAACCGGAUGUCCCUGUGGAUGAAAGACCUGUGCCAUGCCCACCAGAUGCAUUCUCCAGUGGGGCUGCUGUCUCUGAGUGUUGCAGUGGCUAUGCUGGGUUCCUUGACCCUGAUGACGUUUUGCUUCCUUCUAUCAGUGCAUCUCUCGUUCCAGCUUAUGGAGGGAGUUCAAGGUUAGUUCUACAGCAUAAAAAUGUCCUCCUGCAGCUUUGCUGCAUGAAACUGAAAGUCCGCUUUGGGAUAAAUGCAAAAUUUCUAGACCAUGCCGGCCGUCCACGAUUGCGUAUAGUAGUUGACACGUUCCCAAGCCUAUGCCGGGUUCUCGAUACAUGCGACCAUCUUGCUCAAAAGUUGUUGGUGGAAUCCGGUAGCAGCUCUGAAUGGAGGCCUGUUGUGUUCAGAAAAAACAGCUUGUCCAGCUCUUCAACCAUUCGGCUGAACAUACCCACUGUUGCAAAUGGGGAUACAGCGACCUACACCACACAGAUAUACCAGAAGGAACCAAGUGGCAACACCCAGAAGCUUGUUUUCAAUAGCAUUGAUGCUGCUGAGCUUGAUUCGUUAUUCAUUCCGGGAGCUCUGGUCGAUGCCUUUUUCAGCUUAGACACGUAUGAUUAUCAGCAGCAUGCAGGCAUCCGAUUGGUGGCAAAGAAGUUGAUUGUUUAUUCUGAAUAGGAGGGUCGUCAAUCUCCUGAAUCCACAUGAAAUUAUAAUUGUGUCAAAAAAAUAAAUUAAUAAAUUAAGUGUAUCUUCUGCUGCACAAGUGGGCUUCUCCUGCAUAUGCCUUACCUUGAAAUGCCAUUUCAAUGUGAAAAUAAAUAAAUAGGAAUCCAAAUCUGGUAAACUGUUCAUAGUUUAUGAUCUACAUUUGAGGACUUCCUAUUGUUUGGCUCAUUUCCUUGGUGCAGAAUUCCAUGUCUGUGAAUCAAAGCUCCUUGGGGAGGGAGGUUUCUACUUUCCCUUGUUUAUUGUGA